AUGAAUGGUGCUACCACAUCUAGCAGCUUAAAGUCAGCCUUGUCAUACUGUGUACAACAAGUCCGCAACUAUGAUUAUCAUCACUACCUCUGUCUUCUUGAACUCCCAACCACCAUGCGAAGAGCUGCUUUUGCUCUUCGUGCCUUCAAUGUUGAAACAUCAAGAGCAAUGGAUGUUGCUUCAGACCCGAAAAUUGGCUUAAUGCGUCUUCUAUGGUGGCAAGAUGCCAUUGACAAGAUCUUCAAGAACAAAACCAUCGAACACCCAACUGCUCAAGCUCUCGCAUCUGUACUAUCUGAUCAAAAAAUCAGCAAAAACUGGUUGAAACGAUCUGUUGAAGCUCGUAUAAAUGAUGCCCAAAGGGAUGUUGAUGACAUCUAUCAAACAAUUGAAGAGUUGGAGAAAUAUGCUGAAGAUACAUCAUCAACUCUACUUUAUACAACUCUUCAAGCAGGUGGAAUAACAUCAACAACUGCAGAUCAUGCAGCUUCACAUAUAGGAAAAGUGGCUGAAAAACAUGGGUUGUUAGUUAAAGAUGGAGAUAGGGUGGAAAUAAGAACUGAUUCACGUGAGAGAUUGAGUGAUGCGGUUUUUGAUAUGGCAUCCAUGGCUAAUGCCCAUUUGCAGAAAGCUCGUGUUUUGACUGAAUCAGUGCCUAAAGAAGCUAGGUCAAUACUUCUGCCAGCUGUCCCUUCACAAGUGAUUUUGGAUUCUUUGAGUCGAGUUGGGUUUGAUGUGUUUGAUUCGAGGCUAAAUCGGGGGAUUUUGGGUGUUCCUCCAUUGUUGUUUCAGUUGAAAUUGAAGUGGCAUUCAUGGAGAGAAAUGUUUGUCAUUUGGGGCUCUAUGAUAGUUGCCUGA